AUGCCUCAAUCAGAAACCUCUUUAACAUUUGUAGUCCGGAGACAUGUACCGGAACUGAUUGCUCCGGCGGUAUCCACUCCUCGAGAACUGAAGCCUCUCUCAGACAUUGAUGAUAAGGAAGGGAUGCGUCAUCAAGUCUCGUCGAUUGACAUGUAUGAAAGGGAUCCGAAAAUGGGACAUAUAAAUCCGGCGAGUAUAAUCAGGGAUGCGUUGGCGAAGGUGCUUGUGUUCUAUUACCCAUUUGUUGGCCGCCUAAAAGAAGGUCCGACAAGGAAGCUGAUGGUAGACUGCACCAGUGAAGGUGUGUUGUUUAUUGAGGCGGAGGCAGAUUUUACUUUGAAGCAGUUGGUGAGGCUCUUCAUCCGCCAUUCCCUUGUUUAG